AAUACUUCCGGUGUUCUAUGAAAAUAGCUCCGUAUUUUCAGGGCGCAGUUGUUGUUAAUUCCUAGUCUUCAAAUGCACUGUCAUUAUUAAUGCAAGACCAAGCAAAAUUACCGAAAAUGAUUUUAAUUUUCAACAAUAUACCUAGCUAGCUAUAUCUAUAUGCUGUCCAUAUACGCCCUGAGUGUGAAAGUAAUGAUGAUGAUAUUCUUUCAACUGGAAAUGCUUAAUCAUUGCUCCACCAAAACAAACAUGGUGAUCGCGUCCUUUGGUUAUUGAAGUGGCGAUUUACCCAGCUUCAAUACCUUAUUAAGGGGAUUUUAGAACCACUUCAAACAAGACAAAUGAGCCAAUGGAGACUGAGGAGUUGUGUCUCUGUGAGAAGUGCGGGAAGGAAUUCUCAGAUAGCAGCCGCGUUUCCUCUCACCUUUGCACUGCUGAUUUCACCAAAAAGGGACAGUUGACCCGUUAUAAGUGUCCUUUGUGCGAUGAGGUCUUUGCCAUGCCAGGUGUGCUGAAGCACCACUUCCAAUGCCAUCGGAGGGAGGAACCUACAGGUCCAUUCCACUGCUCCGAGGAGGGUUGCCAGUUCAGCACUUCACACCGGUUGGUGUACCAGGAACACCUGCACUCACAGCAUGCUCUCACCCUUGUCUCUUGUACCUUCCGGUCCUGCACCUUGGCAUUCCGCACACAUGCCGAGAUGGAUGGGCACUGGCGUAGCCAUAUGCCCUUCCACUGCCCCCGCUGUGACUUUGUGACCGCUCAUGCUAAGCAGCUGAGUACCCAUGGGCUGGAACAUGACCGUUCACUUGCUGCACCUGAGGGUGACAAGGUGCCAACAACGACAGGCCAGGGUGGAAGCAGCCAAUCGGCUCUGGAGACCAGCUCUGGAAGGCCAAGAAGGGCCUGGAAACGCAAUCCAGCUUAUGUGUCAUCACAAGAAGAAGAUGAGGAUGAAGAAGAGACACAGCAGCACAACAUCAACAAUAGAGCCAGUGAGGAGGUGCAAAAAGACAAAUCAUCUGCAGCUACAAACAUCAAUGAGAACCCAUCUAAAGAUCAUAUUAUGGAGGGCACGGAGCAUAUGUAUCGCACUCACAUCUGCCCCGAGUGCCGCCGCUGUUUCAAGAUGCGCUCCCACCUGCUGGAGCACCUCCACCUCCACUUCCCCGACCCCAGCCUCCAGUGUCCCACCUGCAAUCACUACUUCACCAGCAAGAGCAAGCUGCGCAUCCACAUGCUUCGCGAGUCCGGCCAGAAGGUCCACCGCUGCCACCUGUGCGACUACGCCGCUGUGGAGCGCAACUCGCUCCACCGCCACUUGGCCAGUGUGCACUCCAAUGAGGUGGGGGGCGACAUCCACCCGGACGUCUACCCCUGCCCCACCUGCGGCAAGAGCUUCCGCCAGAGCCAGGCGCUCAAGGCCCACAUGAAGUCUCACCACACGUCGCGGGACAGCCAGCCACUGGCCUGUUUCCAGGAGGGCUGCUCCUUCCAGACCUCUGACCGGAAGGAGCUCCAGAGACACAUGGCCGAUGUCCAUGGAGUGAAGGCCGUAGAGUGCCGCCAUCAUGCCUGCAACGCCAUCUUUGGUAGCCUCCAGGACAUGGAGGCCCAUUACCGGAUGCACCUGGCCUUCCACUGCUCACAGUGCGACUUCUCCUGCUCCAACAAGAGCCUCUUCCGGCAGCACAAACAGCAAGGCCAUGCCGGGGAUGAGGAGUUGACCUGCAACUUCUGCCCCUUUGCCACGUUCAACCCUGUGGAGUUCCAGCAGCAUGUUGGCCAUUUCCAUGCCAAUGAGAAGAUCCACCGGUGCCCUGAGUGCAGCUUUGUCACCGCACACAAGCGGGUCCUUCGACGGCACAUGCUGAUGCAUAGUGGUGAGAAGCCCCACAAGUGUAACCUGUGUGACUUCAGGUGCCGUGAUGAGACCUACCUCUCAAAACACAUGCUCAUCCACUCAGAUGACAAGAAUCAUAUGUGCUCUGAGUGUGGAUAUGUCACCAAAUGGAAGCACUACCUGAAUGUGCACAUGCGCAAACAUGCUGGUGACCUUAGGUACCAGUGUGACCAGUGCUCCUACCGUUGUCACCGCACAGACCAACUGAACAGCCACAAACUCCGACACCAGGCCAAAUCACUGAUAUGUGAAGUCUGUGCAUACUCCUGCAAGCGCAAGUACGAGCUUCGCAAGCACAUGCUCCUCAAGCACUCUCAGGGAGAGGGCCAUCAGCCUCCCGUCUUCCAGUGCAAGUACUGCCCCUAUCAGACAUGCUACCGCCAGGCUCUGCACAACCACGAAAACUGCAAACAUACCCGGACUCGAGAGUUCCGCUGUGCCCUCUGCCCCUACUCCACUUACAGCAGCACCGGCCUCUUCAUCCACAAGAGAAAGGCUCAUGGAUACGUGCCUGGAGAUAAGGAGUGGCAAGAGAACUAUGCAGAGAAGGAGAGGGAAAACAACUCUGUGGACCUACUGCAGGGCUUCUACAAGAUGCCAGCCAAGAACUCUGCUGAAGGUCCUGUCAAGAACCUACAGGAGAAAGUCGCUGGCUCUGCUGUUCAAAAUGAACACAACCUAGAAACUGUAACCGGCCCCAAAACCACAGAAAUGGCUAAUACAAAUUCUGAUAUUGUCCAUGUGGUAGUUGACAAAGGGAUUCUGGCGAGUCACAAUUCAACAGAUAAUCCGGAGCAAUGCUGUACGUUAGUUUUAACAACAAUAGCUAACACAGAGUGCACUGAGAUGACAAACAUGCAGGGUGAGAUGCCAAACAGCAGAGACCCAACUUACAGAAGACCCACAGUGGACCCUAAAGGAUCUGACACCCAGAGGCAAAAGUCAGCAUCUGCAAGUGAGGCGGAGGAAGAGGACAUGGCUAUGGAGGAUUGCGAUGACCUAAAUGAUUCAGAAGACAGGGAAGCUCCUUUGACCUCUACAAGGCAACAAGCAGAGGCUGCAGAGAAUAACACACAGAUAGCGGAGGUGUCUAGCGCAGCUAGCAACUCAUCCGCUGAACCAUUGGCGCAAAGCACCGACUCCGAGAUCCGUCUGAAGGCCUUGAGGAAGCAAGACAAGGACCAAGCGGAGGCUCUGGUCUUGGAAGGCCGGGUGCAGAUGCUGGUGGUGCAGAAUGAGGCCGGAGAGGCUAGCAUGUACCGUUGCGAACACUGCUCCUACGUGACUCGCAAGCAGACCUGUCUCCGACACCACUGCCAUUCCCUCUGCCUCGCCAGGUGGAAGAGACUCAAGUGCCAAGCUUGCGGCGCGCAGUUCAAACAGAAGAGAGGCCUGGACACCCACCACCUCAGGAAGUGUCCCGCUCUGCAGAAGAACACCAGGAGGUUCAUUGGCACGCCCUCUGCUGGACAGUCUGGAGAAAGGGACUCGGUACAUGGUCAGGAUAAAUCCCAGAACCCUGAUAAAACCACAACUGCAGAUCAAUCGGAGAUAGUAUCUUGCGAUGUUGCGCCAACCAGAGAUUCCAUAGACACACAACCAGAAAUUAGAGGAGAGGAAGCAAACUUGUGCGAUUUGACCAGUCCUGAAGGCUCCAGUGAGAGGGGAUCUACAGCACUACAGAAAAGCCAAAGAAAGAAAGUUGGAAAGACAAAGAAGCAAGUGAAAGUUGGCAAGGUAAAGAGGCCUGUGAAGAUUAAAAAGAUAAAUGAAGGGAAAAUCUUAGGAAAGACGGACAAAGCCCAUCCCGUGAACACAGAGAAUGACAAUGCGCAUAGCUAUACAGAAGAGGACAGAAAAUUCACUUGCAAGACGUGCAGUUUCAGGUCCUCCAGGCUUGCAACUAUAGAGCGCCACUGCUCGACGUGCACAAGGAAAACUCCCACAAAGAAGGCUGUCCGAAUUGUAAGCUCUCUGGAACAGGAUGAUGACAGCGAUGAGGAGGAGGAGAAUAUUAAUGGGGGUUCUGAAGAAGAUGUGGUUGAGAUUAAGGUAUCAAAUCCAAGCUAUUCUCCUAAGUUUUCCUGUCUCAACUGUCCUUUCAGGUGCAAACAAAAGAGGGCACUGAACAAUCACAAGAAGCGAGGCUGCCUGAAGCUGGACGAGGUGCAGUGCCAACUCUGCUCGUUUGUGGCCAAAUCUCAGAAAGCAUUGGCCAACCAUGUGCUGGUACAUUGGAACUAUGAGGAGGUGGAGGAGGAGGGGAAUAUUAAUGGAGGUUCUGGAGAAGAUGUGGUCGAGGUGAAGGUAUCAAAUCCCAGCCAUAAGUUCUCCUGUCCCAACUGUCCUUUCAGGUGCAAACAGAAGAGAGCACUGAACAACCACGAGAAGCGAGGCUGCCUGAAGCCGAAUGAGGUGCAGUGCGAAUUCUGCUCGUUUGUGGCCAAGUCGCAGAAAGCUUUGGCUAACCAUGUGCUGGUCCAUCGGAAAGACAAGUUAUCGCUCCUCAAAAAGGUCAAAAGGGCAGUUUUGCGUUGCGACCAUUGCCCCUUUACUUGUAAGCAAGAGCGCUGCAUGACCCAGCACGUGGCUCUGAAGCACGAAGGUGCCAAGCCCCACCGCUGCCGCUUCUGCCCGUUCAGCACCACACGGCGCUACCGCCUAUAUGCCCAUGAAUCGCUUCACACCGGCAUGGGCCGCCACAGCUGCGACGUCUGCGACCAGACAUUUGGCGCCGCCUCCAAGCUCCGGCAGCACCGCAAGCGUGUCCACGACAAACAGCCUUCCCAUUUCUGCACCCUGUGCGACUACAGCAGCUACUCCCUCAACGAUGUUGGACGACAUACCCUCCGCUGCCACACGGGGAAGCUCCUGCACCCCUGCAGCCAAUGCGAGGCACGCUUUAGCUCCGACACGGCGCUCAAGCAGCACUGCAGCCGCAAACACCUGAGCCCCGCCAGCGUAGCCUGCCAGCAAUGUGACUUCAUCUGUGGCAGCCAGGCCACCCUCAAGGUCCACCAGCAGAAAAAGCACCCUCAGCUGGACUGUGCCACCUGCCAGGAGACCUUCACCACCCGGGAGAGCCUGGAGGAGCACCGGAGGACCCACCUCACCCAGCAGUGCCCGCUUUGCCCCUUUGCCACCCGUAAGAGGCAGCCACUUACCCAGCACCUUCUUGACGAGCACGAGGAUGGCCCCCCAGAGGACAAGCCCCUGAAGUGUCCCAUCUGCGGCUUCGCCUGUCGCCACCAGCUGGUCUUUGAGCAGCACGUUCGCUCCCACGGGGGUACUCGCCUCUACAAGUGCACAGACUGCCAGUACUCGACUCGCAACAAGCAGAAGAUCACAUGGCACAUUCGCAUACACACAGGGGAGAAGCCCUACCACUGUGAGCAGUGCAGCUACUCCUGCGCAGAUCCCUCUAGGCUAAAGUAUCACAUGAGGAUCCACCAGGAGGAGAAGAAGUACCUCUGUCCUGAGUGUGGCUACAAAUGCAAGUGGAUGAGCCAAUUGAAGUACCACAUGACCAAACAUACAGGGGAUAAGCCAUAUGCGUGCGACGAGUGCGAGUACCGCACCAACCGUGGUGACGCCCUCCGCGUCCACAGGGAGACGCAGCACUGCGACGCUCGCACCUUUAUCUGCGAGAAGUGUGGCAAGGGCUUCAAGACGCGCUUCCUGCUUAAGACCCACCAGCGUAAGCACAGCGAGGAGCGGCCUUACGUGUGCGGCCUGUGCCGCAGGGCCUUCCGUUGGCCAGCUGGCCUCCGCCACCAUUACCUCACCCACACCGACCAGCAGCCUUUCAUGUGCUGCUACUGCCCCUACCGUGCCAAGCAGAAGUUCCAGGUGGUCAAGCACCUCCGGGGGCACCACCCGGACCAGCCCGUGGAGCAGGGGGUGGCCAAGGAUCCCCACGCCCUCAGCCUAACCCUGCAGGAGGCCCGUCGGGGGGGGCUGGAAGAGGGGGCUGGGGUGGAGGAGGAGGGGAUGGAGGUGAAUGUACCGGAUGGGGUGGAGGUGUUGGUGCAAGAGAGGGUGGAGGAGGUCACAGAAGGCCAGCAAGGAGAGGAGUAGAAAGGUUCAGGCCACUCAACUGGGACCUGAGAAAACAGACAUUUUAGUGAAUGUUUUGAUGCAGUUUUCCUCAUCCAAGCAUGAUGAGGACUGGGCUACAGCGGUAAACUGAAUUAAACAUCAACAACUGA